AUGGACUACGCGCAGUAUCCUCCACAGCAGAAUAACCAGCAAGGCCUACAAGCGUCGCCCGUCAUUGGAUCACAGCAACAGUCCACGGGCCAGCCUCAACCGCACAACAUGUAUCAAGCACAAUAUGGUGUUCCCCAGCAGGGGAUGCAGCAGGUGCCAUAUGGCAUGCCGGGGAUUCAAGCAGCUGCCAUGGCCGCCACCGCUGCGGCCUCUGGGUCUAACUACCCCUACAUGCACCAAGAUCCGGCCAUGGCACACACCUCACCACGGAUGGGCGGCGCCAACCCUAAGAAGGAGGGCAGGCCGUCGCCGAGGAUGGGCAAUAUGUCUUCGAUGGACCGGCGGAUGAGCCAAGUCACCAGCCCUGGUGUGCCUGGCGGCUCCAUGAUGGGCCAUGGAGGACCGAGACCUGGCGUCGGGCCGCCCCAGAUGCCCCAAGCGCAAAUGCAACACCCCCAAUCGCCCGAGUUGCCCUCUGGCGCCGUGGAAGAAUCACCGCUGUACGUGAAUGCGAAGCAGUUCCACAGGAUCCUCAAGCGGAGAGUGGCGCGCCAGAAACUGGAGGAGCAGUUGCGAUUGACCUCAAAGGGCCGCAAACCAUAUCUGCACGAGUCGCGACACAACCACGCUAUGCGCAGGCCUCGCGGGCCGGGCGGUCGGUUCCUGACAGCCGACGAGGUCGCGGCGAUGGAGAAGGAGGAGGGCAAAGAGGGCAAGGAGGACGAGCCCAAGGAGGAGACGGCGGCCACGGGCAACAAGCGCAAAUCGCAGGCGGGAUCGGGCGGGUCGAACAAGAAAGCGAAAACGGACCAGGAGAAUGGGGAGGAGAACCAAGAGUGA